AGAGUAUGUGGUUGAGUUUGAGGACCAAGGUUCGAAGGAGAGUGGUUGGGAAGAGCUGAAGAGAGUAAUAGGAAAGAAGUCUCGUACUAACCUCCCUUUGUGGCCCUACAUGUCAUACCGUUUCCGCGUCAUUGCCAUAAAUUAUGUUGGAAAGAGCGGUCCCAGCGAGCCAUCCGAAAUCCACAACACACUUGCCGAAGCUCCAGACAAUAACCCUGCAGAUGUUAGGAGUGAGUCCAUAGACCCAGACACUCUGGUCAUCACCUGGGAGGAUAUAGACCAACGUAACUUUAACGGACCUGACUUCAAGUAUCGGGUGCUGUGGAGGCGAGUGGUGGGCAGCGGGCCCACCUGGCACACCAACUACACAACCACGCCAACGUUCACAGUCAGUGACCUCAAAGGCAGCUUCUCUGCCUUUGAGAUCAAAGUUCAGGCUGUCAAUGAGGAAGGGAAGGGACCUGAGCCAGACCCUGCCAUUGGUUACUCAGGGGAAGAUGUUCCAUUGGAGGCUCCAAUGAAUGUGGGUAUUGAACUGAUAAACAGCACUACCCUCAGAGUGAACUGGGCAGUGAUAGAGAAAGAGACAGUCAGAGGACACCUGUUGGGGUACAAGGUUUACGUGACUAGAACCGGCUCCAGGGGCCACCACCGAGGGCAGAGGUCCAGGGAGCCGGAGAGCCCCAUGGUGGUGGAGACCACCGAGGAGAAGAAGCUGAUCAGUGACCUCAGACCGUACUCCCACUACGACCUGGCUGUCACUGUGUUCAACAGCAAAGGAGAGGGACCCCCCUCUGAGACGCUGUCCUUCAACACUACCGAAGGAGUUCCCGGUCCUCCCAUGUCCCUGAUGCUGGACAGCCAAUCAGAGACAGAAAUGACCCUCCGCUGGACGCCACCUGACCAUCCCAAUGGAGUCCUCGUUAGAUAUGCCCUGCAGUACCAACAGAUUGUGGAGAGUGAGGACAGCCCCUUGCAGUUAGAGUCAAUAGACGACCCCACAGCCACUCACUUCACCCUGAAGGGCCUGGACCGCCACAGCCACUACCGUUUCUUCCUGAAGGGGUGCACCGCUUUAGGGGAAGGAGAGGCCAUCAUGAGGGAGGGUGCAACCACGCUGGAUGGAGCGCCUCCUACAAACAUCCACUACUCUGCUGGGGAAAACUCUAUAAACUUCACCUGGGUGGCCAAGAAGAGACACAGGAAUGUUGACUUCCAUAUCCACUAUCUCAACAAAAAUGAUGGAACUAAAUGGAAGAAAACGGAGAAGGUGGACUCUUCUCUGUCUUUCUUCCAGCUCCAGGGCCUGACUCCUGGCUCUCAUUAUCGUGUAAAGUCAACCUACAGCAACACCACCUUCUGGGAGACUGACAUUGACACAGAGGGAACGGAAGUGACGGAGGUGGAGCCCAGCUUUGCUCCACAAGGCUGGUUAAUCGGCGUUGUGUGUGCCAUCUUGCUGCUGCUGCUGAUACUGCUCAUCCUCUGCUUCAUCAAGAGGAGUAAAGGGGGGAAAUACUCAGUGAAAGAUAAGGAGGAGGGUCCGAUGGACUCGGAAGCUCGGCCCAUGAAGGAUGAGACUUUUGGAGAGUACAGAUCUCUAGAAAGUGACCUUGAGGAGAAGCGCACUGCCAGCCUGCCGUCCCUGGGGGAGGAGAGCAAGCUGUGCAGCGAGGACAACCUGGACUUCAAUGGCAGCAGCGCCAUCACCACGGAGCUCAACAUGGAUGAGUCUCUGGUCAGUCAGUUCAGCCGGCCCAGCGAGGGUGGGGAUGCCCUGCAUGGCCUGCCAGACAACUCCCCGCUCAACCCCCCCGCUGUCUCCCCGGCUACCAACGGCAUGCCCAACUCAGUCCCCAUCCUUGAUUAAGCCCCUUCGCAUCCUUUGGGGGCCGCCAGACCUCAACAUGUCAACACUAAUGUGCCCAUACGCUCCUGUUCCCUACCGACUUGCUGAUCUGUAGUUUACCGACUUGAUACACAAUCAAUAUAUUGACUAUCCAGAUGCCCCUGGCAGUCAUCUGAUCGACUGGACUGUUUUGACCAAAGGCGUGUCCAAAGUAGUGGACAAUGUGAUACAAAGUUUGACUGACCUGAAGAUGUCCUUUGACCCCCCCCCCCCCACAUCCCUCCUUUUAUCUGUCUCGUUGACAUCAUGACUAACACUCAUUUCUCUCCCUUUCUUUCUCUCUCUCUGCAGACAACUCUAAAGAAAGAUAAAGACAGACUGUGCUACAGGUAGAAAUAUCAGAGGGGUUGUAGGGCCGAUCCUAUAUAUAGAUGCAGAGUAGAGCAUUGAAAGAUGAGGCUGAUGGUAGAGCCUUGUGCGGGGAAACAGACAGCACAUCCUGCUGUCAAAAGUCUGAUAUUUAUCAGGCCUUAUAUUAAUUCUCACAUUUGUAUUUUUUUUUACCAUUUGACGUCUCAGAUUGUACCUCCAAGUGACAUUGUUUUCUUUUUUCUUUUUUACUAAUGAGUCAUUUUUGUUAUCUGCUAUUUUUUAUUUAUAUCAUAAUUGUUUCAUAUUGUUUUCUACACUAUUUAUAUACAACUCAUGACUUCUGUUUAUUGACAUAUUACUGAAAUCAAGAUGUUUUCAUUGAAACUAAGUUAAGCCAAGUUUCUUACUAUAAAUAGCAUUGGAUGCAUUAAGGGGAACUUGCUGUGAACACGCUGAGUAGCAUCUGGUGUAUAUAGCUGCAUCUACAUCUAUCUAUUUAGCCAUAAUACAGUAUUAUAGAUAUGUACAUGCUCCUUAUAAGUUCCUGUGCCUGCUGGGUCUGCAUAGAGCACCAGAUUGAUGUCAUUACUCUCUCGCCUUCCCACCAGAAGUGUAAUGUCAUUAUUGGAAAUGAUAUUGUAAUUUUUUUGUGUCGAGACCUAUGUGUAGCUUUCUGUAUGUGUCUUUGUCUCUUUCUACACUGUAUUAAAAACAUUGUUGUCUCUAAUUAACAAUCUUUUCCUACCUGUUCAUCUCAUACUUCGCUAACUGUUUGAGGAGCAGUAUUUAUGUAUAUUUACAGAUCAGAGAGUGGAGUCUUGUGGGCAGACACUCAUGUUUUAUUUUCAGACCCUUUUCAUUGCAAGUUGAUAUUGCAGACAGGUGUAAUUAUUGCCAGUUGAUGUAUAAUUAAGGCAAGCAGUUGGUAUUUACAUCAAACACAGAGAAUGUAUUCUUUUCAGAGCUGGGCAGACAUUGUAUUUACAUGCUACUGAUUAAAAGAAGAUCUGAGCUACAAAAUGCUGGAGUGGUUAUGUGAAGAACCGUCUUUUUUUUCCUCCACAGAAUGUAAAUACAACCCUUAAAGAUUGUUUUGAUGAACCCAACCAUGUUUGAUAUAAAAAUGUGAAAAUGUGCAGGUUUGAAACCACUUAACUUAGUUUAAAGUGUUGCAAGUUGUAAUUUUUCUUCUUUGUACUAUUGCUAUAAAUGCAAACUUUCCACUUUUGACAAAUAAUUGCAGUGAAAUUUGGCUGUUUUAGCAAAAAAAAUGUUCAUGGUUGAGGUGGGGAAAAAAAUAAAAAGGGGAAACAUUCAAAUUGUUCUGUAGAUGUUUGCAAACAUAUUGAAAAUCCAAAACAAUGUACAUUAGUGUCAUUUAGUGAUAGUAGUAGUUCCAUUUCAAUAAAAGCUAAGAUUGCGUUUAUGCCCAUAAUGCAUUGCAGCGCAGUGAAUAUCUGUGGAGUUUCAGUGUGGUGCAGUUAUGAGAUGCAGUGAGCUGGUUUGUGCAUACCACAGGGAGUACCUAUAUGCAACAUCGCUGCCUCAGUUCUCCCUAUCCAAAUAAAAGCUUGACACUGGCCAAACACCACCUGACAGUCCCUGAGGUAAAGUAUAUGGGAUGUCUAAACAGGCUAGUGGCACUGAAGGAGGUGUGUGUAAACUCCCUACUGUUGGUUACACAGACACACUCAGGACAAAUAAAGCUUUUAAAAAAAAAAAAAAUCUAUUUUCAUAUAGGAGUGAAGAAGGCCACACAAUAUGCCAAUAUUCUAACUUGACUAUCUGCUGCUAAACAUCUGUGUUUGUCAGUGUUCAGGGCAAAUGUUAGCUUUGAAUGAGGAAUGAGUGUACACACACAGAUACUCACUCGACUGCCACUCUUUGCUUUUCAUGUGUCAAGGGGAAAGCUGAGGACACAGGCCUUUGCUUUUCCGCUCUUGUUUUCCCCCUUUUUUAAUAUCUCAAACAUCAAAACCUGUAAAAAAAAAAAAA